AUGUUUACCAACAUGAUGUUUUCCCUUUUCGCCCUUGCAGGUGUAUCGAUCGCAUCGCUGCCUCCCAAUUGCGACAGGAACUACACAAUUCAUCUUGGUGAUAGCUGUGAUAUCAUUUCUGCUCAGCAAAAUGUUUCGACCUAUCAGCUUUCCGCCGUUAAUGCGGGUGUCAUAAACACCGAUUGUAGCAAUUUGGCUGAGGGCGAGGUAAUUUGUUUGGGCCUCACUGGUCAAGACUGUAACACCACGUUCGUUAUGCAAUCCGGAGAUACUUGCAGUACUAUCGCUGCGGGCGCUGGAAUCCCUAUCAGCACACUUCUCACCAACAACCCAAAUGUAAACCCGAUCUGCAAUGAUCUUUACCCUGGCGAGGUUUUGUGCACGGCCAGUCAGAUUUACGUAAAUCUCACCAGCUCGCAGUAG